AUGCAACAUCGGGUCUGCUACUACGAACAGUUUCACAAGCUGUCUGUCACAGAAGUGUUCACAUAUUUAAAGUGCUGUAAUCUGAAAAUGGUUCAUAUGUUUGUUUUGUUCUGCUUGUGGCAUCUGGUUGGUGUGUUUGGUGAUACGGUUACAGUGGAGUCAGUGCUGGAGGGAGAUUCAGUCACUCUAAACUCUGGUGUAACUGAAAUGAUGGAUGAAGAUCUGAUUCGGUGGAGGUUUGGAUCUGAAAACACAUUAAUAGCUCAAAUCAUUGUAAUGGAUGAGAGAGUCACUGUAUUUGAUGAUGUUCUUGACGGGAGAUUCAGAGACAGACUGAAGGUGGAUCAUCAAACUGGAUCUCUGAUCAUCACAAACACCAGAACUGAACAUGCUGGAGAUUAUAAACUACAGAUCAACAGUGUGAAAAAGAGUUUCAGUCUCACUGUCUAUGCUCGUCUGCCUGUUCCUGUCAUCAUUAAUAACUCUUCAAAGUGUUCUUCAUCAUCAUCAUCAUCAUAUUGUUCAUUAUUGUGUUCAGUGGUGAAUGUGGGUCAUGUGACUCUCUCCUGGUACAAAGGAAACAGUUUAUUGUCCAGCAUCAGUGUGUCUGAUCUCAGCAUCAGUCUCUCUCUACCUCUGGAGGUGGAAUAUCAGGAUAACAACACCUACAGCUGUGUGCUCAACAAUCCCAUCAGCAACCAGACCACACAUCUGGACAUCACUCAACUCUGUCACACAUGUGCAGGUACAGCAGCGCUGAUAAGAGCAUCUAUUGCACCUAUCCACUUAAUUAAUUAGAUUUAUUUUACCAAA